GAGUGCGCGCUCAAACCUGACAAAUUGUUUCGUCCCAUCUGCGUCGCACGUAGGGUUGUCGUCGGAUCUCGCGCCAAGUACGAUUCGAGCUGAAUGGGGAAAGGAAGCCGCGCGAAGAGAAGGAAAGAGUUACCAGUCAAACAGCGCAGAAAAGAUGAAGAGAGAAACGACGCGGAAAGAGAAGAGUCAGUAGCUAGCGGGUCUGAAGACGUUGGAUUUUAUCGCGGUCAAGUAGAAAGCUCGAAAGGUGGGAAUAGUCUAGUGGCAAGGAAGAAAUUAAAAAAGAAAAGAGAACGAGAGACAGACACUGAUGAGGAUUCUCAGAGGCUAGUCCAUUCUCCACCUAAAAGGCACAAGUCUGUUGUGUCUGAGGUUGAUGUAGAGAAUGGUAGCAUAGACGUGGUGAAACAAAGAAAGAAGAAACGUGUGAGAGAAUCAGUACCUCGGGAGACUCCAACUAGUACUCAUAUCCAUGACAGUGAUGACGACGACAAUGGUGAUGAUGAGUUGCAACUCGUGGCUGAGAAAAGACACGUUGUUGUGCCAAAGAAGAAGGAAAAGAAGGAGGCAGAUGAAGAAGCUAAGGCUAUCUACAAUUGGACACCAGAGCAAGAUAGUAGGCUCUUACACUUUCUGAUAUCUCAAUGCAAGUCUUAUCCAAGAGUCAGGAAGUACAGUGACUAUGAUUGGUCACAGUUUGAAAUGGAAGGCAUUGACAAAGAGAGAGCAUUCAAGAGAGCAGAGCACAUUAAACAUCAUAUUCGGAUGACAAAAACUCCUUUGGAGAUUUUAAAUGAAGCAAAACAAAUGCUGCAAUCAGAUCCAAAUGCAUUCAGCUAUCGAGGUGGAAUACGAUCAAAAAGUCGAAAAACAAAGCGACUGUAUGAUGAACCUGCAUUGCCACCAUCUGCUUACAUGGUUUUCAGCAAAUUGGAGGAGCCAAAGCUGCGAGCAAAAUAUCCUGGCCAGAAACUGCAGUUUUAUGGGAAAACUUUAGGAGAAAUGUGGAGAUCGAUGGAUGAAAGGAAAAAGGUGAAAUAUUAUGGCAAAGCUGAAGAAAAAAGAAAGAUAUAUGAAAAUGAAUACCAAAAGUUUCUUGCUCGCCAUCCGGAGCUUAAAGACAGAAAGACUCGAGCUGCUGCGUGGCCUCAUGAUGCUCCAAAAAGGCCAAAAAGUGCUUUCAUGUUUUACUGUGAGAAGUACAGACCAAGUAUUACAACAGGGACACAUAAGGAGAAGCAGCAAAAACUGUUGCAAACAUUUAAAGUGGAAAGUAAGCAACAGCAAGAGUUUUUUCAACUACAAGCAACUGAAGACAGACAGAGAUUCUGUCAAGAACUUGAUACAUACAUUGAAACACAUCCUGAUCAAGUUGGCUUGCUUGAAAAAACCAAACACCUUAGAAAGAAGACGCUACCAGAUCCACCUGCACCACCUCCCAAGAAUCUUUACCUUUACUUUUGUCAUCGACAGAGGAAAAAGGUUUUGUCAGGAUUGAGUCCAGGGGAAACACCAGAUUUUGCUACACUCUCGAAGCAGUUUUCAGCAGAGUGGAAGUUGUUUGACCAAGCAAGUAAAGACAAAUUAGCACUCAAACUGCAAAAGUCUGAAAAGAAAUAUCAAAAGCAGUUUGAUGAGUUUCUGGAGAGUUUAUCAGAGUCAGAUCGAACUGUAUUCUUAUCAAGACAAGAGAAGCCAAAACGAACACACGUUCAUGGUCAUCCAAACAUAUCACUGGAUGGUUUUAAGAUGUUUUCACGGAGUAAGAGGAUCGAGUUGAAGGGCUUGGAUCCUUUAGCUAAACCUUCAAAAAUAAGAAAAGACUUGACUGACAUUUGGGUAGCACUUCCAGAUGCAGAGAGAAGGAAGUGGAAAGGCAUUGAAGAGGCAAGUUUGCAUCUUUCCAAAUUAUCUCAUGUACAGCCAACUAAAGAAGAAACUAGUAACAAUGAUGGACAUGAAGCACAAACAGCAGACAGCAACAGUGCAGAUGAGAGCAAGAGUGAUAGUGAUGAAAGUGACGAGAGUGACAAGGAAGAAGCAUCAAGAGACUCUAGUUCAGAAGACUCUGAAUCUGAUUUAAGUUGACCUGCAACGUUUGUCGUUAGUUUGCUCAACUCCCUUACUUGCACAUGCACACUACGCUUGCAGCCAUUUUCAUUGUAUAGUGUAAGAGCAGCAAUAGACAAGCCCAUUUUCUACA